CGAUGCCAGGUCCAGUGGACAGACUUCAGACGUCUCUGUGUGUCCGGUCCUGUCCUGUCCUGUCUCUGGUUGCCAGGUUACAGACGCUGCUGCACCCGCACGUUUAAAAAUGUCUACACCUGAAACUCCACCACGUCUAAAGAAGCAAAAACGUUUGCAAAUGUACAGACUGGAGUGGGAAGAGUGGAACCCCUGGCAAUGGAUACAAGGCAAACUGUGUUUUCUGUUGCUCAUGGACUGGCUGAAGUAAGGCAGCAUCAGGAGACAAACAUGGAGGAAAUAUGAGAACAGAGAGAACCCAACCAGCAGGUCAUAGUUUAUCAUCAUCUAAUCAUCUCCUGAAGUCCAUAUGGUAAGGGACAUCAUGAUGAGAUCAGCUAUAUUUCCUACAGUAUAUAGCUGUGAAUUUACCAGAGGAUGCUUAUAAUAAUGCUGAUGUGGCCGUAGACUACACUAUUUUAGUGACUCAGUAAAUGCCUAAGUUGGUUAUUAUUUUUUUUAAUGCUUUUUAGUUUUUAAUAAACAUUUAUUUAAUAGCCUAUAUGUAAUCAAACAUGGCCUUUGCCUAAAAAGAAUAAUAUUUCAUUGCACAAGUAAACGUAUAGUAAUUUUUGAAACUGUUCAAAUUAUUAUAUGUUGCUAAAAAACAAACACAAACAAAAAACACAUCAUAGUAAUAUGUCAAUUAAAAAAGCCAAUAGCAUAGCAUGUUCCCAACAAACGUCAUAGUAUAGCAUGUCGCCCAACAAACGUCAUAGUAUAGCCUUUGGUCCAGAAAAUGUCCAUAGUAUAGCAUGUCAUCCAACAAAUGUCCACAGUGUAGCAUGUCGCUCUAAAAUUGUCAUAGUUUAGCAUGUUGCUCUUAAAACGUCAUAGUAUAGCAUGUCGUCCAACAAACGUCAUGGUAUAGAAUGUCGUUCAAAAAACGUCAUAGUAUAGCAUGUCACUCAAAAAAUGUCACAGUGUAGCCUUUGGUCUAAAAACGUCAUAGUAUAGCAUGUCGUCCAACAAACGUCAUAUUAUAGCCUUUGGUCUAAAAACAUCAUAGUAUAACAUGUCGCCCAAAAAACGUCAUAUUAUAGCCUUUGGUCUAAAAACAUCAUAGUAUAGCAUGUCGCUCUAAAAACGUCACAGAAAAGCCUUUAGUCCACAAAACGUUAUGUCCCGGCUGUCUGAAGUAGGUGAGGAGCAACACAAAAACAGUACUAAUGCUGGUUUCCAGAGGGUUUGACGAGUAUUUAUUUGAAAGACUAAGUUUACAACAACACAACAUGUGAGGGGGUUAAAAGCAAAUGGGUGUUAGUAAAAUAAAAAUAAAUAAACAGAACUAAAAGUGAACUUCAUGUUGACAUUGAUGGGCAUUCCAACCAGGAACAAAGUAAAAGAUAAUCAAUACGAAAAAAAAACUCUUCCUGUUCACCUCUUAAAACCCCAAAACACACCGCAGUAGCACCCUAAACUAAAACUACCAAUGGGUUCCCUGUUUUCCUUUCUGAACAAGUCAAAGGUCCCUCUCUAUCUCCCCACACAUCCACCAACCACUGGAACACAUCUCCAAAGUUCUGCCGGGCCAGCUCAGCUUCCCUUCAGAAGAAGUUCCACCAGAUGAAGGAGCCUUUUGAGAGGCAGCUGGCAUCGUGAUUGGACUGUACUUUGGUCUGUUCCAAUCCAGCUUCAGCUCCAGAGACGGCAGGCGGGACGAGUCAACGGAGGCCGGGUGGACGAAGGCAUGCAGCUGAGUACAAUCCAGAAAACAACAGAGGAGGAAUGCAGCGGCCCAGGGCCAAAACAAACAGAUACCCGCAUGCAGUCUCUGCAGGUGGACUCGGUCCAGCGCUGGAUGGAAGACCUUCGCCACAUGACAGAGGUAGAGUGUAUGUGUGUCCUCCAGGCCAAACCCAUCGGGGUGGAGGAGGACUCCCAGCAGGGAGAGCUGAUUGUGGCCUCCGGGGUUGGUGCAGGGGACCAUGUGGCCAGGAACAACCUGCAGACGCUCCUCCGCCGAGCGCUGGUGGUCAGCACGGAACUGGGCAAGAUGUUCCAGCGACUGGAGAAGGGGCGCUGGCAGAGGGUCCACAGCACGGCCGUACGGGCAAACUGCCAUGUGCGAUCACUGGUGCAUGAGUACAGCGCUGCACGAAGCACACCGCCUGAGAUGCAGAAGUAUGAAAAAUCAUUGUUAGAAAAGUGUAUGGAGCUGACAAAUAUUACGGAGAGGUGCCUUCACACUGAUGAUGAAUUCUUCCUGAAAUCCAUGAGGGAGGCCAUCCAUGAGAUCCUCACAGAUGUCAGUGAUUCAUUCAGCAACAUGAUCGACAUGGCUUUAGCCAAUGAGAUCCGGGUCCUGAUCAAACAGAUUGAAUCAUCUGACAGCAUUCACACUAUUGGCAGUGCCAUUAGCAACCUGCUGUCCCUCACCCAAGAUGGACCUCAGCUCUGCAGCAUCAUCGCCAAGGAAGGAGCUGUGGUGGCUCUGUUUAAGAUCUGCAGGCAGGACCGCUUCAGAGACCUCUACGCUCACGCUUUGAGAACAGUUGCCUCCAUCUGCUGUGUGGAGGAGGGGAUUAACCAACUGGACAAGGUGGAUGGGAUCCUGUGCCUGGCGGACAUCUUGACCGAUGAAAGCAGCGUGGAAGCAGCCAGGGCCGAGGCGGCGGCGGUCGUGGCUCAGAUCACCUCACCUCACCACACAUCCACACAGCACCUCGCCAGUUUCCUGGAGAGCAUGCACGACAUCGUCACUGCACUCAUCAAGUUGUGCGAGAGCGCCUCCUGUGGUGAAGUAUUCCUCCUGGCGUCUGCAGCCUUGGCCAACAUCACCUUCUUUGACAGCAUGGCCUGUGAGAUUCUCCUGCAGCUUAAUGCCAUCCAAAUCCUGCUGCAAGCCUGCAAAGACCGCCAGAGAGUUGACACACCUUACUCCAAAGACCAGGUGGUGACGAUCCUGGCAAACCUUUCAGUUUUAGAGCAGUGUGCUUCUGAAGUCCUGCAGGAACAAGGAAUAGAGCGUCUGCUACUGCUGCUGGGAGAGAAGCCGUCCUCCACCAGUCCAUCAGAGGGCGCCGCCUGUGAGCGUGUCCAGCAGAAAGCUGCAGUGACUCUGGCCCGUCUGAGCAGAGACCCUGAUGUGGCCCAAACAGCCAUCCAGCUCAAAGCUGUUCCUCGUCUUAUUGAACUGUGUCGCUCCCCUACUGAGAGAAAUAACAGCGACUCGGUGCUGGUCGCUUGCCUGGCUGCUUUGAGGAGGCUGGCAGCAGGAUGUCCAGACAGCAUUGAGGCAGCCGACCACCAGCAGCUGAUCAAACCGCGGCUGGUCGACUCUUUCCUGCUGUGUUCCAACAUGGAGGAGAGCUUUGUAUGACGGCCUGCAGACCACAACACUGAGACAGGAGAGCUGAACUCAUGUACAUGCAAGACCAUGUACUCUAAAAGACUGCAUCUAUUUCAUGACUUUCUGUCCUGAGAACAACUCCCAAAUUUUCAUUCUGGACACUCUUAAUUUGGAUGAAUGAAGAAGCUUGAAUGGAUGCAGAAGACAUGUGUAAAUAAAUAAAUGUGACUCCUUGUGUAACUUGGUGAUCACAUUAAAUGCAAUGAAUGUGUACUGUGUUUGAAAAAAAAAAGGGCUCAUUAAAUCAUUUUAUUCCACAGAGAACAUAACAUCAGUAAUUAUGUCAGUAAUUUUUUCCACGAGUAGGUGCUACUUUUUAAAAAUAAAAGUAUAACCUGUUCGGAAAUGAAACACUUUAUAUUCUACCAUCGUGCAAUUCUUUUUUGUUCUGGUCUAUACGUAUUGUUUCCAAAGCAUUUUGGCUAUCUACAAAACAGAUAAGAAUCUUUCACAGAAAUCCUUAUCUGAACUGUUAAACAACCAAGUACCAAGAUGUAUGUCUAGUUAAAUUCUUUUUAACUGUCAGCAGCCACUUUACUUUGAUAACCAUUCAUUACUAAAUUAUUAUUAUUACAUUACAUGUUUUCAGUAUUUUGUGAUUGAGGUAUAUGGCAACAUGAUGUGCUUUUCCUGGUCAACAAUACAUAUAUUGCUUGUUAAAGCGCAUUUUUUGGCACAUUGAGUUAUUCACUUGAAUUUAUUUGCCAUUAAUCCCAAAUUUAUAUUUGCUACUGGAAAAUGAAUCUUAACAAAUUGCCUUGAAUUUGAAAAUGCUUUUUAUUUAAAGAGAAUUACUAUUGUUGUAUGCAAUGCAUGGAAUAAAGGCAAUCAGCUGUCUCA